AUGUUCUCUCUGCAACGCUGCGGCCGCCGGCUCACGAGGUUCUUCAACAAACAGCACUUUCCGUUGGCCCGGUUCAGCGGUGAGAGCGGCGCACCCGGGUCUCCGCACUUCGAUGUCAUUGUCGUCGGCGGAGGACAUGCGGGGACUGAAGCAGCCGCCGCCGCCGCUCGGUGCGGCUCCCGGAGUCUGCUGCUCACGCACCGUGUGGACACGAUCGGCCAGAUGUCCUGUAAUCCUUCUUUUGGGGGCAUCGGAAAGGGGCAUUUAAUGAGGGAAGUAGAUGCUUUGGAUGGCCUGUGUUCCCGCAUCUGUGACAAGUCUGGGGUACAUUACAAAGUAUUAAACCGGCGUAAGGGACCAGCUGUGUGGGGCCUACGAGCUCAAAUUGAUAGGAAGCUUUAUAAACAGAACAUGCAGAAAGAAAUCUUGAAUACACCACUGCUUACUGUUCAAGAGGGAGCUGUGGAAGAUCUUCUUCUUACAGAACCAGAGCCGGAACACAUUGGGAAAUGCCGUGUUAAUGGAGUUAUCUUGGUUGAUGGGAGCACAGUGUAUGCCGAGAGUGUCAUCCUGACUACUGGAACAUUUCUGAGAGGCAUGAUCAUAAUUGGAUUGGAGAUGAAUUCAGCAGGACGUUUAGGGGAUCAGCCUUCUAUAGGAUUGGCUCAGACUCUGGAGAAAUUGGGGUUUGUAGUUGGAAGGUUGAAGACUGGAACUCCACCCCGAAUUGCAAAAGAUUCCAUUAAUUUCAGCAUUCUAAAUAACCAGAUGCCAGAUAAUCCAUCUGUACCAUUCAGUUUCCUCAAUGAGACAGUGUGGAUUAAGCCAGAAGAUCAGCUCCCAUGUUACUUGACUUACACCAAUUCUAAAGUGGAUGAGAUUGUCCUUGAGAACCUUCACCUUAAUAGUCACGUUAAAGAAACUACAAGAGGACCCCGAUACUGUCCCUCCAUUGAAUCGAAGGUUUUGCGUUUUCCAAACCGUGUACAUCAGGUGUGGCUGGAGCCUGAAGGAAUGGAUUCUGACCUUAUAUACCCCCAAGGGUUGUCUGUGACACUGCCAGCAGAGUUACAGGAGAAAAUGAUCAGGUGCAUCAGAGGCCUGGAGAGAGCUAGGAUGAUCCAGCCAGGUUAUGGUGUUCAGUAUGAUUACUUUGACCCCCGACAGAUCACUCCUUCCCUUGAGACUCAUUUGGUUCAACGGCUUUUCUUUGCUGGACAAAUAAAUGGUACCACUGGCUAUGAGGAAGCUGCUGCCCAAGGUGUGAUAGCUGGGAUCAACGCCAGUCUUCGAGUCAGUCAAAAGCCUCCUUUUAUCGUUAGCCGAACAGAAGGCUACAUAGGCGUCUUGAUUGAUGACCUCACCACACUGGGUGCCAGUGAACCAUACCGCAUGUUUACCAGCCGUGUGGAAUUCCGUUUGUCACUGCGCCCUGAUAAUGCCGACAGGCGGCUUACCUUCCGAGGAUAUAAGGAAGCUGGCUGUGUAUCCCAAAAGCGAUAUGAAAGAGCGUCUUGGAUGAAAUCUUCUUUAAAAGAAGGCAUUUCUGUGCUGAAAUCCAUUGAACUUUCAAGUGUUAAAUGGAAAAAUUUAAUCCCAGAGGCUUCUAUAAGUAUUAACAAAAAUCAGCUUCUCAGAGCUCUAGAUGUUUUGAAAUAUCAAGAAGUUGACAUGGAGUUAUUAGCCAAGGCUGUGCCAGAGCCUUUGAAGAAGUACACUGAUUGUAGAGAGCUAGCAGAAAGACUGAAAAUAGAAGCCACUUAUGAAUCAGCAUUGUUCCAACAGCAGAAGGAAAUACAGGGAGUUCAGCUAGAUGAAGCUCUCCAACUGCCGAAAGACUUAGAUUAUUUGACUCUCAAGGCUGUAUCCUUAUCCCAAGAAGCUCGAGAGAAACUACAUUUCAGUCGCCCACAGACGAUUGGAGCUGCUAGCCGUAUACCUGGAGUGACGCCCGCUGCUCUCGUCAACCUGCUCAGAUUUGUGAAAACCACUCAGCAGAGACAAGCAGCUAAGGAUGAAUUGCCUAAAACUGGUGAAUACUUACGUGAUGCAGACAAACUUCGAGAGAGAAAGAUCUAG